AUGUCUACUCCAGAUAACCUGUUCGAUGCUUACCAUUCAGACUACCAACAUCUUAUUGGCUCUGUACGCAACAAAUUGGAAAAAGAUGCACAAGAACAGCAAGGAGAACAACGCAAAGCUACUCUUCGACGUGUCGAAAUUGAGCUGGAUGAAGCGGACGACAUAAUUUCACAACUAGAAAUUGAAAUCCAAGGAAUACCAGCAUCCAUUCGUCCUCAAUACACAAACCGUUUGAAGCAAGCCAAGCUCGAUCUCAACAGGUACAAGAAGAUUGCGAAGGAAAGCCAUGCACAAACGACACGGAGUUUCAUACGCUUUGACUCGACCUCAAUGUCAGACGAUCCGUACGACGAGCGUGCCGACGAAAGGACAAAAUUAUUAGCUGGACAUCAAACUCUCGCAGAUGGAAGUCGAAGAAUUGAGAACUCUACGCGGCUGGCACUAGAAACAGAAGAUCUAGGUGCAGAUAUUCUGCGGUCACUAAGAGUGCAAAGGGAACAGAUUGAGAAUACGUCUCAUACCUUGAACCAAGCGGAGGCAUCCAUCGACCGGGCUUCGGGGACUAUACAGAAGAUGAUUCGCCAAAUGUACAAGCAGCGCUUCGUUAUUGCCGGAAUCAUACUGGUCCUCAUUGUCGUCGUUGUUCUCAUUCUCUACUUCAAGCUAUUUUACCGUCGUCAUUAA